AUGCCCAUGACGACCAAGUGGACGACUGUCUGUAGCGACAUGGCUCGAGAGGACUCCCAACUGCUCAUGGAAGACAUAAAGGUGUUCAUCAUCGUCAAGAGUCAGCUGGUUCCAUGCGUGUGUGCGCUGACCAAGCCACACAAGAUGCGGUACCAACUGUUAAGAUGUUCCUCGGAAACAUGCAAGGCAGCAGCACCGUAUAACGCGUGCCUAUGGAAGGGGAAGGUUUUCACGUGUCAAGGACUUAGCCGCGUGACGAUAAUGGAGGCUGGUGCUCAUGAGACGCUGGUAAAGGAGCCCCAAAAGGUCAAGUUGACUCCACGGCUGAAGGAUUACGGUCGUGAAAUGGUGACGCAAGGCCUCAAACCCUCUCGAAUUCACAAUGGACUUACUGAGUCGGAGUUGCCGACGCUGCGUCAGGUGCAAUGGUUCGUCAGCAGCUAUUCGAAGAAGAACCUCCACCGCAAUGACGACUAUGCCGAAAUCCUGAGCCAAAUCGAUCAGCUGGCGUAUGGUCCGACCGUCUCGGACACGAACCCAUUUUCGUUUGUUGGGCUGACAACUAAACGUCUUUUACUGAAUGCGGCUCGCGACCCGGAGUCGUUCGUUUUCCGCAUGGAUGUCACCUUCAAGUUGAAUCAAGUCGGGUAUCCUGUCAUCGGUUUUUGCUUCAGUGUUGAGUGGCAUCAACUGGUGGUCAAGUCCGUCAUGGCCGAUGCUGAAGCUGCUCAACAGAACGCAGUGGUACGCGUCUUUGGUGCGGAUUGCGAAUUCGUGUACUUGAUGUGCUUCUAUCACCUGCUGGCCAAAAUGGUAUGGUUCCGAGGCUAUUUCGAACGCACGUUUAACCGUUUGAUCAAGCGUGACUACACACUGCGGACCAAACAUAAGAUCGGGACGCUGAUCCAGUUGCUGGCAGAUUGUUGCGCACAUCAGUCAGUGACUCCAAGAAUCUUCAAGGAAUCCCCUGAGUCCCCUGAGGCCACCCAGCAGUUAAAUGCAAGGCUUAAGGAUUUUCGCCGCCGCGAUCUUCUUGUGGACAUGACUCCGAUCCGAUCCAGUAUCGAGUUCCUACUUGUUUUCCCCAACCCAGACGUGGUUACGUGGCUGCGAGCGUGUUUACCUCCCGGAGCUCAGGCGCAGUCGUGA